AUGAAGAAGGCAGUGCCCCCAGGUGCGAGUCAGGCAGGACCUCCUAGGACGCCGUCGGGGGGUCCCGAAGCAGAGAAGGCUCCUCCCGAAAGUCCACGCUGCCCCCUCCUCUCAAGAGCCGAAGCGAGGAGUUCCCAGCGAGCUCACCCUGACUGCUCGGAGGUUCCGACUUCUUCCCAACAUGCGUGUCAUUCAGAUGCCCCCAGGAGUGGGGCAGGGGGAUCCCAGCAUGCGCGUUGCCCAGAUGCCCCCUACUCCUCCUGCUCAAGGAGCGCCUCUGGUGCUCCCAAUGGCCCCCGCCACUUCCACAUGGGGGGCGCAGUGAUGGACGCUCCACUUUCUUUUGAAAAGUCGCUUCCUCGAGAGACCGCUCCGCCCGUACUGCCUCGGGUCGAGUCUCCGGUUUCCCCUUCUCUCCUGGAGGUCCCCACACUUCAGAAGGUGUCGCCCCCUCUUGCUCGGGGACCGAACCAAACUCGGUACCGGGCCAAAUUCACCAAUUCGGUCUUGUCCGGUCUGGUCUACUGGUUUUUUUACACCUCUAUUGAUGAUAAGGAGAAACCAGUUCCGAGCUUCCCCUUCGUCGUGGAGCUUAGCGACAGUUUUGCAUCGAUCCCGUCACCACCCUCUCUUUCCUCUCCAGAGCCAGAGGUGGAUUCUUACUUUGCUUCACUUGAGAUGACGUCUCCACCCAGCCCCCCAGCAUAUAGGCCUCAUCCGGUAGAGGAAGGGGGUCCUACGACCGAGGGGGAGGCCCCUAAUGUUGAAGGGCCUUCCCCUAGGACUAAGGUCCCCACGCCAGCUGUGCUCCUUUUUGCAGAAGCCUCUGGUGUUGGUCCUUCCCAGGAGCCCGUCGAGGACGUCCCACAGCCUGUGUUGCCUCUGGCGGGCGGUGCUUCUACUUCUCGAAUUGAAAGCCCAGAAGGAGAUGAAGGCGUCUCGGUAGAGUGCGACGUGCUACAGGAGUCUCUGGAGAAAUUGCAGAAGGAGUUAUGGGACAAGGUUCAAUGGGUGAAGAGGAAGAAGUAUAGGCUUAAAGGUAGAGUUGGCCAGCAUCAAGGUAGACUUCACCCAGGCUUCCAUGGAGAUUCGUCGCCUUUGGGAUGCGUUGAAGGACUUGGAGAAAAGGGAGGACGACCUUCAAAAGGGGGUUCUUACAUUCCAGUGGGAGAAUAUCCAGUUGGAACUGGUGCUUGUCUUCAUUCAUCAGGUGGUGCUCCCAACACACAUUCAAACACUUUUCCCUGGUCCGGGAGGUCUAGCGUCAGAAGGCCGAGGUGUAGCGAAGGGAGUUCUAGAUCGAAAAUCUCAUAA